AUGACAAGUAAUACUAGAGCUAAUUUGGCAUCUGGUGAUACUACUGGUGAUAGUGCCAUUGAUGACAUAACUAUCACAGGUGACCAAAAUACCUCUAUUAACUCUUCAAUACCAGGUUCACCUUUUACAGAAUACCAUUACGUAGUUAAAGCAGUAAGUGCUGCUGUUACUUCAUCUAAUUCUAACGCGAUUACUGUUACCACCACUUUACCGGCUCCAAACCAGCCAAGUGUACUAACAGGUGCUGAUAUCGUUUGUGCUAAUUCCAGCCAAACUUAUAGCGUGGUUAAUGAUCCGGCUGCAACAUCUUAUUCAUGGACUUUACCUUCAGGAUGGAUAGGGACAAGUACUACUAAUUCUAUCACCGUUACUGCAGGUUCUACAGGAGCAGGGCCAAGUACAGCAAGAAAUUUAACCGUCACAGUCAACCCGCUUCAAACGCCAACCGUUGUUUUAACUAGCACUGAUUCGGAUAAUACUUUUGCAUAUGGCACGAGUGUCACCUUUACGGCUACGGCUUCCGGUGUAUCGGGCAAUACGGGUAUCGUAUAUGACUUCAAGGUCGAUGGAAUAUCCAGACAAAGCGGCUCUUCCAAUGCAUUUACCACAACUGCUAUCUCAGACCAGCAGCAGGUUACUGUUUCAAUCGCUGUAACAGGCGGAACGUGCAUGCAGGCUUCUACGGCUAACAGCAACAGCAUUACCAAUACGGUAAGCGGCGCUGUUCUGGUCCAUAUCUCUAAUUACUGCGGGCAGACGCUUCCGUUCUUAACGACACCGAUCUACAGCACCACUGCAGUGGUUAGCGGAAACCCAACGGUUCAGUACCAGUUCAGGGUUCAAAAGGUAGGCGGUGCUUCACAGACUCUAGCCUUGAGAAGCACUCCAAGCUUUAGCCUUACCCAGACCAGCCUUUAUGCUUACAAUACGAGCUUUGAGGUGUAUGUUUCAGCCGUUAUCAACGGGGUUGUACAACCGGAGAGCGCAGCGUGUGUCAUUACUACACCGGCUACAGUGCCACCGGCUACGGUUCAGUCUACGUAUUGCGGCAGUACCCUUGCGGAUGCUUACAGCCCUAUCUUUGCAGCACCGGUUCCGGGAGCUACGGGUUACAGCUUUGACGUAUUCCAGGGCAGCACGCGAAUCAGUACGGUAGUUAGGGAUGUUAAUUAUUUCUACCUGAGCAACCUUCCAUCAUGGACUUACAAUACUUCGUAUACGGUUUAUGUGGCCGUUAAGAUCAAUAAUGAGCCAUUCGGCAGUUUUGGAACAGUCCCAUGUACGGUUACCACCCCACAAUUGUCUACCCCAGGCCUUGUGGCGUGUGGUACGCAGAUGGCUACGGUAUCGAGCCCUGUUUUCACCACCACCGUUCCUGGAGCUACGAAUUAUGCUUUUGAGAUUACGGGUCCUGGAGUGAAUGGGGUUAUCGUCAACCGUUCGGUUCCUUAUUUCUACCUUACCAGCAUCACCAACUGGAACUAUGGAACGAGCUAUACCAUUAAGGUUAGGGUUACCAAAGGUUCAGAGGUUGGUCCUCAGAGCGCAGGCUGUAUCCUUACUACCCCGGCUAUCCCAAGCACGGCGGUAAGGGCAUCGCAAUGCGAUCAGUUAUUGGCAAAUGCGGCUACUGUCAUUUUUGCAGAUCCUGUUUACGGAGCAUCGAAUUAUGUAUUCAAGAUUAACGACGGAACCAAUCCUGAGUUUUCAUUAACGCGUACUGUUAAUUAUUUCUCAAUGACUUCAGUUCCUACGUGGGAGUACAACACGGUUUAUACGGUAACGGUACAAGCGGUACGCAACAAUUCUACCAGUCCGGUGGUUACUGUGUGCAGCAUUACUACCCCUGAGGGUCCAUUUACCACGAUCCAGGAUGGAAUGUGCAACAAUCCUACGCUUACCAAAUCGGCGCGCUAUAGUAAAGUGGUUUAUACCAACAGUCUGGUGCUUAGUUCUGUUCCGGGUCUUCCUACCCCGACCAACCAGGAAGGUGUUACCUACGCCUGGGGAGUACAGGUUGCCGUAAUGGGCAAAUACGGAGAAGAGACUAAAGGAUGUAGCUUUACGCUGGUUCCAACGCCAUCAGGACGUAUGGCAGAGGUUCCCUUCAGUGCUACGGCUUAUCCGAACCCGUUCGCAUCGAACUUCAUGAUUGAUGUUAAGACCAAGAGCCAAUCGGUAGUGAAUGUUAAGGUUUACGACAUGGUUGGAAGACUGAUCGAGCAGCGUAUUUCACUUGCCGCUGGAGGUACAGCAGACUUUAGGUUUACAAUUGCUAACGGUGCUUCUUCUGGAAGUAAUGUUCAUAUAGGUAUUGAUGAUUUUACUAUGUAUGCUACUACAGCAACACCAACUCCAGUACUUAAUUCAACAACAUUAGGAAGUGCCCUUACAACUACUUAUGGAACAGCUUCAACUGCUGUAAGUACUACUGUUUCGGGAACUAAUCUGACGGGAACUAUUACAGCGACACCACAAACUAAUUUUGAAGUUUCUUCAACCAGUGCAACGAGUGGUUUUCAAUCUACUGCACUAUCAGGUUUAGCUAAUGGAGCGACAAUAUGGGUUCGAUUGGCAGCUAAUGCUGUGGUGUCGGGAUCUAAAAAUGGAGUUGCCGCUGUUGCUCUUACCAGUACAGGAGCUACUGGAGUAAACGUGCUAACAUCUGCCGCUGGGAAUUCAGUUACACCGGCUAGUUUAACAAUUACUGCAGGAAAUAAAACUGUAGUUUAUGGAUCAACAGUUGCUGCACUUACAUCUUCCGGAAC